CGGGGACUACCUGUAUAAGAAAAUUAGUCAUAUUUUGGCUGGAAAUCACGAGAUUCGACUUACACGGAAAUUAGACAUACGCAGUACUUUGCAGUCGUUUUCGGUCCCCAUUAUCCCUGAAUCCGUUUCGAAAACCGUAAAUGUACAUCAUGAUAGUCUUUGUUAAAUGUUCAUUAUAGCUAUUUCCUAUUUCAUUAUCCUAUUUCUAAUACACUAAAGAGAAGUUGGCUGUUUCUCACUAGAAAGUUGUUGGUUGUUCUUAAUAAUUUGCUCAACAUAUUUCAUACAACGCUGUUAACAUUCGAGACUUACAAUACCUAGAACAAUAUACCUAUAUACCUUCUCAUACCACAUUUUUCAGCAACAGUGUGUACGGCAUCUUAUCGCCUAGAGCAAACACUGAAACGAGGAGGGCAUGUGAAAGAUAAACAAUCAAAACAAUCUUAUCAGCUCAUCUUCAUCCUUCGUCAGCUUCCCUAGACCACUUCACGGUUUGUUAAAUGCAUCAAAGAUGCAUGCACGAGUAGUGCAACAAAGAAUUAUAUUUUAAUGAGACGUGUAGCAACAGACCAGUGAGUGUUUGACGUUGGUGCUACACAUUGCUGCAAUUCACCCUAGAAAUAGAGAAAGUGUUUCUGUGAAUGGACUGUGAAAUGGAUGUGAAACAUACUCUCGACGAAUCUAGCUUCUUAGUGCACUCAUUCACUAAAUCAAACAAAAGUGCAUGUUCAUUGAAUCGAAAAAAGUCGCUCUCGGUCCCCAUCAUUCCAUCACAGAAUGAAAAUUUUUUGUGUGUUCCAAAAGCGAUUCAUAGUGGGAUGAGGCAAAAACUGCCCGAGAUGGGAGUGGAAUUGCCUUUCGAUGACAUUGCUAUUCAUACGGAAUUUAAACAUACAACAGCUUAUCAAACAAUAACUAAAAGUGUUUCACAAUCUACACUGCCCAUUCCUGAAAAUUAUAGUUUUACUUCAGUGCAAAUUCAAAUCUACAAGCGACGGUGGUUUUUGCUAGUUUUGACCAUUCUUAAUAUAGCUGUAUCAUAUGUGCAAUGGAUACAAUACAGUAUAGUGGCCAAUAUAAUGGCAAAGUAUUAUAACAUUUCAUCAGCAUGGAUCGACUGGACAUCUAUGAUUUUUAUGGUGAUUUAUAUUAUUGCUGUGUUUCCUGUAUCAUACGUCAUGGACGUAAGAAACAUGCGACAGUCCGCAGUUAUUGGUACAGUUGGAACAGCGCUUGGGGCAUGGAUAAAAGUGUUUUCAACAGACCCGUCUCAGUUUCAAAUAGUUAUUAUUGGUCAAAUUAUUUCAGCAGUUGCGCAAGUAUUUUUACUCAGCAUUCCUUCGCGUUUAUCUGCUACAUGGUUUUCUCCUGAGGAAGCUUCUUCAGUAUGUGCGUUCGGAGUUUUUGGAGCUCAAUUAGGAAUUGCCAUUGGAUUUUUUCUCACACCUAUGGUUAUUGUAAAUCAUGAAGAGCUUAGUGCAAUUAGUAUUGAUCUUCAAGUUUUUCUUAUGGGAGUAGCUGGAAUCUCCACUAUGAUAGCAUGUAUGGUAAUAGCUGUAUUUAAAUCGGAACCACCAUUUGCACCGAGCCAUGUGCAGGCUUUACAAAGAACAAUGAAACCAAGACGCAAAGACUACUGGCCAUCUGUAGCACGACUAUUAAAAGAUGAAAACUAUCUAAUUUUGGUAAUCGCGUAUGGCAUUAACGUAGGCUUAUUCAAUGCGUUCUCGACAUUGCUCAAUCAAAUCGUGCUAAAUUAUUUUCCUGAUAGUGCAACCGAUGCUGGAAGAAUAGGUUUAGCAUUAAUUGUAUUAGGACUGAUCGGCUCGAUGGUUUUUGGUUAUUUACUUGACACGAGCCACAAGUAUAAAGCAACUGCUGUAUGGGUCUGUCGGCUCUCAGCAGUCACUUUAGUCAUAUUUGCACUGGCUUUGGAAAGUCGAUCCAAAAAAUUGUUGGCAGUAGCCUCCGUGUUUCUUGGUUUUUUCAUGACAGGGUUUCAACCAAUAGGAUAUGAGUUUGCGGCUGAGCUCACAUUUCCCGAACCUGAUGGGCCAGUAAUGGGUAUUUUAAAUAUUUCUACGCAGAUUUUUGGUAUAGUUAUAACAUUGAUGAUAUCAGGAAUUCAAAAAAUACUCGGAGAUCUUGUAGGAAACAUAGUUUUCGCAGCAUUUCUCUUACUAGACGGAAACAUCAUCGCUCUGAUUCGAUCAGAUUUACGACGUUAUAAUACUCAUUUGGAAAUAGAAAGCGAGGCUGCGAGGGAAUUCGCUGAGGAUGCUAGUGUACGCUACGGUGAUAUCUCAAUCUAUGAAGAUUCUCCCUUAAAACUGAAAAUAGAUGGCUGCAGUUGAUAGUAGAAUAUCUAGCUUUGUGGUCAAUAGUCAUCUUUAUCUAUACAGUCUGUUCCCGAGUUUCGUGGAUCUCGACAUACGCGUAUUUGGAUAUUGUGUCAUACCAGUACAAUUUGCUCCAAGAAUGUAAAGGAAAUUGCUUUUUUGCAAAAAAUAAACCAUUUAAAAACAUAACUAUAAAAAAAAUCACAUGAUCCUUAUUAAAUAAAUGAUUGUUCAAUGCGAAACCAUACAACAGUACAGAGGAAAUAAGAAAGCUCUCUUCCAAGCGAGGAAGUUCAACUGGUUGGGGUAUCCCACCAACAGAUAGCGCCACCAGCUUUUUUUGCUAUUUUUAGAAUGCAUGAGUCGUUUGCCGUCUGCU